AUGUCUUUGCCUCUACGAAGCCCACUAGACUGCGUCUCAUUUGAACGAGCAUUAGAGGAUCUGCUUGUAAGGUUUAUCAUAAAUGUUCCACCGGAAGAUUUAGCUACUAUUGAAAGAGCAUUAUUUCAUUUUGAAGAAGCACAUUGGUUUUAUACCGACUUUAUUAAGCUUACGAAUCCACAUUUACCAAAUUUGAAAAUUAAAACCUUUGCAUCGUAUGUUAUUUCAUUAUGUCCAUUAAUCUGGAAAUGGCAGGAUGUCAACCCUGAUGAAGCGUUGCAAAAGUUUUCGAAGUAUAAGAAGUCGAUUCCUGUCCGUGGAGCGGCCAUUUUUAAUGAGAACUUGAACAAGAUAUUGUUGGUGAAAGGUAUGGAGUCGGAAUCCUGGUCGUUUCCUAGAGGAAAAAUUAGUAAGGAUGAAGAUGAUGUUCAUUGCUGUAUCCGUGAAGUAAUGGAGGAGAUUGGGUUUGACCUUACCAAUUAUAUUGAUGAAGAUCAGUAUAUCGAGCGGAAUAUAGGUGGGAAGAACUACAAGAUAUACCUUGUUAAAGGAGUGCCACAGGACUUUAAAUUUAAGCCGCAAGUAAGGAAUGAGAUUGAAAAGAUUGAAUGGAGAGACUUUUGGAGAUUGUCGAAAUCUAUUUACAAGUCAAAUACUAAAUAUUAUUUGUUGAAUUCGAUGGUUAAGCCCUUAUCCCUUUGGGUGAAGAAACAGAAGCAGGUGCAGACCGAGGAGCAGCUCAAACAGUAUGCGGAGGAGCAAUUGAAGUUGCUUUUGGGUAUCGGGUCACACGAGGAGAGUGCAGAUCCUGGCAGGGAACUAUUGAACAUGUUACAGUCGUCUGUUGGACAAAAGGAGCACAUGCAGUUGAUAGAUGAUGAAUCCCAGACUUCUAUGUCAACUUCAGCGCCUGCAACGGUGGUAUCGCCAUCAACUGCAACCAGUCAGAUACCUGUCGCGGCGAAUGCUUUUGGAGGAGCAAUCUUCCCUUUCACGCCAACUAUAAUGGCGGGGUCGCAUGCUUUUAACCCAUUCCCAUUUGUUCAUGGUUUCCCACAGGGGAUGUUCCCUCAGGCUACAUUUGGACUUAUUUCCCAACCUCAACAGAUUUUGCAUGCGGCGCCACAAUUAUCACAGCGAACACAACCGGUGACUUCUGUUUCCCAACCACCACAGACCCCAAUUGUGAAGCCAACUAUGCUGGAAGAGACGGAACAGAGCUCCAAGCAAUUAUUAGAUCUUUUAAAGAAUCCUAAGAAAUCGGAGACUGUUUCAGAAGAAAGCUCAGCAAAGAUACUAUUGAAAAUAUUAAAGACUAACCCGAAGGAAAAGCCUAAUGAUGUUCGUGGAUCAGAAACGAGCAGUGUAAAUAUGACCACCACUAAUCAAAAUGGUAGUUCAGAAACUGAACAGAAAUCCUCUACAACUAUAAUGAGAAAUGCAAAUAUCAACCAGGAAGCCCCUGUAAUUUCACGACAGACUUCAUUACAGGAAAAGGCAUCUCAUGAUCACAGUAGUGACGAGUAUGAGGUUUUUGAGGAUUAUUGUGAGGAUAAAAAGGAUGAUGAAAAAACUUCAGAAGAGGACAAGGAUAAGUUGGUACCAGAAGAAGUAAAUAAGGAAGAACGUUAUGAAUCCGUGAUACAACCUGCAUUUGUUAAUAGCGAUGAAAGCAGAAGCAAGAAUAUUCAGGGUAUUAUCCCUAGUGUUGAUAGAAUUUCUUUAGACAAUGUGUCUCAUGUGAACUAUAACAAUGAUAGAUCAUCUACCACAUCCUCACAGACGGAGAAGAGUAAAGGAAAACCGAAAUUCAAGUUGUUGAAGCGCGGUGAAAAAAUUACAGCAUACGUGAAGCCAACCACUUCACCAUCCAUAGAAGGAGAUUCAUUCAUUUCUAAAGACGGAUUUGAUGCCUACCAAAAGGGCCCGGAAUCGCAGCAAUCAGUUGCAUCUGGAAACGAUUUACUGGCAAUUUUAAAGGAUUCCAGGGGUCCUAAUAACCAGCAUUCUUUGCCAAGCAACUCCGCCAAAGAGUUGUUGUCAAUACUACAAAAACCAAAUGUUGGUCCCUACGGCAAUCCUUUGUUUGCCGUUAGCCAAAGGACGGAUGACGGAGAAGAACCUUUGAAAACAAAGAACACGAAUAAGAAGGAGGAAUCACAUGAAUUAUUACAGCUUUUGAAACGUCCACAUGUUAAUUCAGAGCAAGCAAAUAGCUCCAUGACGACUCCAACUACUGUUGUCUCUAAUAUAUCUACCGAUAAUGUAUCCCAUUUACCCUUUGUUAAUUUAUCACCCCAACGGCGUAGUCCGCUCCAACAGCAACCUCAACAUUUUACAACGUCAAUUUCAAUGAGGAAAGAGGAUAAAGAAGAUGUACAAACAAUCCAACAAACUUUCUCGACCUCAGCAGAACCCACAGGUGUUAUUUCGACAGAUAAACUUGAACUGUUAGAAAUGUUGAAUAGGAAAUAA